GUGCACGCACUGCUUGGUACGACACGGUCGACAGCGACGACGUUGACGACAGUGAGCGCUGUGGGGAGUGCGGCGAGUGCGGCCUGGACAUGUGGUACAACGUCGAGAACGGCGACAACGACAAGGAGGUGCUGGAGUGCGCAGUUGGCGACUGUGUAAAGGCGCCUGUUGACAUCGAGUACAACGUAGCCGUCUCGAACUCGUUCGGCAUCCUGGACGAGGAGACGGUGUGCGAGAUCGCAGGGCAGAAGGAUCGCGGGCCGAAUCCCACGGGCUCUGAUGUCGGGAAGAAGCGGAAGCAGAAGGGCAAGCAGGCCGCCGAGGAGGACGUGUUCGAGGAUAUGUUCGAUAGCGAGGUUCAGGCGACGAUCGCGGGUGACGGCAAGGAGACGGGCUGCUCGGACGACGUCGUCCAGGAGACGAUCGACGGUGACGGCGAGGUGAAGUCCGAGAUCACAGUGAAGGCUUUGGCCCUAGAGCAAAUCGCGCGCUGCCAGGAGCCAGGCGCGCGCGAACUUUUGGGACCCGAAGUGAUCGAGUUCAUCGACUCGGUGCCCGAGGUGCUGGCUGGCGCCAUGGGG